UAUGUUUUUCCUUGAGGUUAGCGCCUACUUUCCUAAUGGCUAGCUAGUAAUCGCUAGAGCUAAACCAAUCUGACCUUAUGCAUGCAGAUUUACAGCUAGAUUGAUCUGGAAAGCCUGAAAACACACCGGCCUGGGGUUGUUUUAUCCUAUGUCGUAAUGUAGAGACGAUACGACGCGACAGGAGUAACGUUAGCAGAGUCAGUCAGCGUGUUUCAACCAAAACAAUGUUGACAGGCGACCCUUGGACACAUACCAGCAACCAGUCAUUUCAAGGAUGGAUAAAGGUGGAGUGAAGAAGAUAGUAUACAGAAGAGAUGACCAUUUAAGCAAACUGGUCUACACCGAAAGCCCCGAGGAGGGAGGUGUGCUGAGAGUGGCUCCUCACAGUGCCAUAUCUGUCACCUCUCCCGCCUCUGUCAUUCUUCCAUCCAGCCCCUUGAUGCAGCCAGGACAGGUGCCUAACGGCCUCAACAGCAGUCCCCUCCCUGAGGAGCUCACCUCUGCCUCUGUCACCGCCACCGCCAUUGUAGGCUCCUUGGUAGAAGGUGCAGACCCCCGGGGCCUGACCAAAGAUCAGAGACCCCAGCGCCAGCAGCAGUUGCUUCAGAUGCAGACAACUUUUGGUCAUCAAACCUUGGUAGAAAAUUUGCCCCAAUUGGAGGCCAGUAUGGCAGACAUCACCCAGUCCUCCAUGGAGUCACUCAUUGGAGGGUCAGAUCCCAACUUCUUCCCUUUGAAAACUGAGGAUUUCUCCAUGGAUAAAGGAGAGCAGGACCCAAUUGACCUUGAUAAUACCUUUGGGAAAGAUGUGGACACAAACCCGAAAUUAUUCAGUGAGAACACACUGGAUCUGCUCCAAGACUUUGACCUCACUGGGUCCCCCUCAGAUUUUUAUGUAGGGGAUGAUGCUUUUCUGUCCACUCUUGGAGAUGAUUCUUUGCUUGGAGACAUCAGAGGGACAUCUGAGAGGGACAUGAAACCUGCUGAAGUUGACAGCAGUAACACCACUGGGGCAGCUCCUGUUGCUCUCAAUGGCAGUAGUUUGACCAGACCAGACCAGUCCAGCCCUAUCAUAUCCACAACAUCUUCCUUAUCCCCUACAACCACUUUAUCUGCGUUGGUGAAAAAAGAAAAAGAUGCUAACUUCAUCCAGCUGUGCACCCCGGGUGUGAUUAAACAGGAGAAGACCUCUGGAGGUCAGAGUUAUUGCCAGAUUGGCAGCGCACCCUCCAGGGACAUGGCCGGGACUAGCCCCAUAUCAGUCUGUGGGGUCAGCACUUCAGGAGGACAGACCUACCAGUUUGGUGUCAACCUGGUGAGUGGUGAUGCUCAGCUGCAGAAUGAGCAGAAGCCAGUGUCCAACCUGUAUCUCCCAAUAACGACCAUUGGUGGAGCCUGGAACAGAGGCCAGAGUAUUGGUAACAACUCAUCAAUCCAGAGGGUCAGUGAGGUGUUCUCAGGUUCCGCCUCCUUCCCCACCAGCUUUGCCAGGCAGGAAGGGAGCACUCCUACAUCCACGUCACAGGGAAAGAGCGGGACUCAUAAAAUCUGCUUGGUGUGCUCUGAUGAGGCUUCGGGCUGCCACUAUGGCGUUCUCACCUGCGGCAGCUGCAAGGUCUUCUUCAAGAGAGCAGUAGAAGGGCAACAUAAUUACCUGUGUGCAGGGAGAAAUGACUGCAUAAUAGACAAAAUCAGGAGGAAGAACUGCCCAGCCUGCCGCUUCCGAAAGUGUCUGAUGGCAGGCAUGAACCUGGAAGCUCGAAAAUUAAAGAAGAAUCGAUUAAAGGGCAGCCAGCAGAGCAACCCGCCAGAGGUUACACCUUCUCUGCCAGUUGAGACCCGCAGCCUCGUACCUAAAUGCAUGCCUCAGCUUGUUCCGACAAUGCUGUCCCUACUGAAGGCGAUAGAGCCAGACACCAUCUACGCUGGCUACGACAGCACCCUGCCCGACAACUCCACCCGCCUCAUGACCACCCUCAACAGGCUUGGAGGCCGUCAGGUCAUCUCUGCUGUCAAGUGGGCCAAGGCUCUGCCAGGUUUCAGGAACCUGCACCUGGAUGACCAGAUGACUCUGCUGCAGUACUCCUGGCUCUUCCUCAUGACUUUUAGUUUGGGUUGGAGGUCUUACCAGCAGUGCAACGGCAACAUGCUCUGCUUUGCACCAGACCUCGUCAUCAAUGAGGAGCGGAUGAAGCUGCCCUACAUGACCGACCAGUUUGAGCAGAUGUUGAAGAUUUGUAGCGAGUUUGUCCGGCUGCAGGUUUCCCACGAUGAGUACCUGUGCAUGAAGGUCCUGCUGCUGCUCAGCACAGUGCCAAAGGACGGCCUGAAGAGCCAAGCAGUGUUUGAUGAGAUUCGGAUGUCGUACAUCAAGGAGCUAGGAAAAGCCAUUGUGAAGCGUGAGGAGAACUCCAGCCAGAACUGGCAGCGAUUCUACCAGCUCACCAAGUUGCUCGACUCCAUGCAUGAGAUGGUCGGGGGACUGCUGAGUUUCUGCUUCUACACCUUUGUGAAUAAAUCCCUGAGCGUGGAGUUUCCAGAGAUGCUGGCAGAGAUCAUCAGCAACCAGUUACCAAAAUUCAAGGCUGGGAGUGUCAAACCUCUCCUCUUUCACCAGAGAUGACUCACCCCCGCAACAGACACAAUGCCUUAAAAUCCCACCGCAUCACCUCACCUCACCUCACCACCCAACCCAAUCAGACUCACUCAGCCCCCACCCCACCCCCACCCCAGAAGACUUGAGGAUCCCAGGCGUGGAUGAUGUAUUUGGGAGCGCAUAUGCAACUCUUGUAUAGUGGCUCACGGGUCUGAAGGGAGAGGGCGGAGAUGUUUUUGUCGAAACGGCAAGCACAAGAGGUUUGGUUUUGUCGAACAGUGUAAGAUGUAGUGUGCAACAAUAAGUAGGAAUGGUUCGUUAGUUAAAAGAUAAUCACAGAAGAACUAGACUAACAUCAACGUCAUCUCAGGUUUCUUACCUUCAAAUUCAGAACGUUCUCUAAAAUAGAACAAAUAUCUAUGUACAGGUUCUGAUAGUAUUUUCUACAUUUUCAAAUUAUGACACAGUUUAUACAAUUACCCAGGUAACUGUUACCUGAGAGGGUGACAAAGCUUAACAUGCUCGUCAGUAGGCUUUUAGACUGUAUGUUCCGCUUUUAGUUUUUAUAGGAGGUUGUAACAAAAUGUUUUAUCAGUCACGCUGAUAAACACGCAGGGGGUGGGGUGGGGGGUUGUUUUCUAGUCAUUUAAAAAGCAUAUUUCGUGGCUUUUUGUUAAUCAACUUUGAAAAUACGAAACAAAUCUGUGGGACUGUUAAGAGACAUCCAUCGUUCUAAGGAUUAUUUCUCUCACAAGCUGACCUCUUCCAGGUUUACACACGUCUAUUAUUAUAAAAGGGAAAAAAAAAUGUGCCUUUUUUGCUUCAACUAUCACUUAGCCAUUUUUCUUCCAACCGUACUCCUCUUUUGAUCCCGUCAUGGUCUACCUUCAUCAUAUGUUGAUUGUACUUUUUCUACUUCAUGCAAGUUUUUCUUUUUGUUUCCUGGUGGCUGUGUGUAUCUUUAGAAGGCAGCUCAGUCCAUCAUUCAUGUGUAGAAACGAUCCUUAUUGUUACCAAUAUUCAGAACUUGCUUCCUCUCAUUGCGAUCUCCUGCACACACACAAGUCUUUCGUUGCGAUUUGAGCACUUUGUAUUCUGCUUAAGGCUUUAAAAGGCUGUGAAGAAAGACUGUAAAAGUCUUUUCUGUUUGACUUUAGAUGGAAACUAGAGCUUCUUUUUUUUUUUUUUUUAAGGAAAUAGCCUAUUUUUGCCCUUUGUUUUAGUCCACACUCCUUCACCGCCAGUCUAACAGUGAAAUGUGACGGAUACCUGCGUCUACCAAUCACACAAGAGAGAGGGCUUAUUUUAUUGUGUUUGUGAGGUUAUGUAAUUUUUAAUUAAUCAGGAAUUUCUGUGGUUUUAACGUGGCUCAAAGUGGAAGUACCCUCCAUCUACCUGAUCCUCCACUUUUUAAGCUCUUUUUCCAAAGUGUGUUUGGUAAAGAUGAUGAUGUGAUUCUGCCAGUAUAUCUCUGCUCUCAGUAAGCUUCUGCUUUGGAUUUUUUUUUUUUUUUAAUUGAAAGGUCGUUUAUUAAUGUAUUUAUGAAAGGAAUAGCUGGACAUUUUGGGACACACAGCUGUCCUGAUGUCACAUCUGUACAGUGAAUGUGAAGCUGGAGUUUGGUAUUUCUGCCAACACCUAUCAACAUGGCACCUGGCUUUUUUAUUCUCAGUUUUUUGUAUAGAUUAAACAAACAAUCUAACUGGUAUUACUGAAAUGUAAAAGGUGCUGGGAGUCUUUUUUUUUUUUUU